CCGGCCUUGCGAGCAGGAGACGGAGGGGCGCAUCUCCGGGCUGCGCCCGCACCCGCCAGCCAGCCGCGGCGGAGCUGCAUGGAGGCACCGGUCACCGCUGUGUACUGGGUUAUUUUCCUCCAUCUACCCUCAUCCCUGGAAGCUCCAUCCGUAUUGGAAUAACCAGCAAUUAUUCCAAUCUCUAUGAACAGAGCAUUCUGCCUUGUGGCAGAAAAGAAGAACUACAGUGUGGUGACAGGCUCUGCCUCUUAAACUGGUUGCUCUGUUGCUGUAAGAAGGACUGUGAAAGAGACUACAUGUCUGUCAAACUGACAUGCUCAACUGUUCUGUGCGAGGAGCAGAGAAGAGGUACUGUAGCAGAUGGAAGAGGUAUUAGUGUUUUCACUGGCUCUUCAAUGUUAACUACUGGGACAAAAGUCGUGAACGAGAGCGACUCAGAUAGUGAAUUCCCCAACUACGAUGAUCACGGAAAUGAAACCCAUUUCUUUUUUUCACCUAUUCUGGUGGCUGGAGUUGUGAUUGGAAUUGUGCUGUUUCUGUCCUGUAUUACAAUCAUUGUUGGCGGUCUGCGAAAGGAAAGGCGGUUGAGACGCCAGCGUCCGAGAACAGAUGUUUUUUAUGCUCCAGAUGGCUUCUCUUAUGGUGGCUCUUUUGGAGAGCUGAGAGCCUCCUGCAUAGAGGAGUAUCCCCCAAAUCUUGAGCUUGGUGCCAGUGUGGAUACACGUCAGCGUGUGGUCAACGUCAUAUAUUCCGAUUCACCUCCACGGUAAGCACUUUUCUAAGAAUGAGUAUUACAGUCCUGCAUGUACAAAGCUGGUUAAAGAAGAAACUGCUAGGCCUACACCCACUACAAAAACAAGCUCACACAAACUCUAAGUACAGACCUACCUUGUUUAGUUUGAGUACAAGUUUUCCCUAGCAGACUGUAUCUUUACUAAAGAUGUGUGUACAGCCAAUUCUUAUGUAGUAACAUUCAUAUUAAAAUUUACCAUAUUGAUGACAUACUAAUGAAACGCACAAGUAAAAUCACUUAUUAACAUAUUU